AUGGGAAAUUCCUACGCUGGCCAGCUCAAGACAACACGUUUUGAAGAAGUCCUGCAUAAUUCCAUCGAGGCCUCUCUCCGCUCAAACAACUUGGUUCCCAGACCAGUCUUUUCUCAGCUGUAUCUGGAAGCUGAACAGCAACUGUCAUCACAAGAAGCAGGCAGCAGAGCAGAUAAUGAGGAAGAAGAAGAAGAGGAGGAGGAAGAAGGCUCAGAAUCAAGUAGUCCUCCUGUGUCCUACCAGAUGAAGCCUCCCCCAGAAGGAUGUUGCACCACUGAUGGUUUCUGCCAGGCUGGUAAAGACUUGAGGCUGGUUUCAAUUUCCAACGAACAUAUUGAGGUACCAUCAGGAUUUUUACUUGUGGGUGCAAAGUCACCACACUUACCUGAUCACCUUUUAGUGUGUGCUGUGGACAAGAGGUUCUUGCCAGACGACAAGGGGCGCAACGCUCUGCUGGGCUUCUCUGGCAAUUGUGUUGGCUGUGGCAAGAAGGGUUUCUGCUACUUUACAGAAUUCUCAAAUCACAUUAAUCUUAAACUGACCACUCAGCCCAAGAAACAGAAACACUUAAAGUAUUAUCUGGUCAGGAAUGCACAGGGAGCUCUGACCAAAGGAUCUGUAAUCUGCUGGAAAGGGGCAGAGUUCAGAGGCCAGCAACCUUCAUCCAGCACCUGCUCCAGCACCUUGUUCCAGCUGCCGGAGGGUUCGGGGCUCUCGGGAAGCACCUGGAAUGAGCCACUUCCAGCAGCACACCCAGCAGGAACGCAGCACCCAGCUGCAGCCAUGGAUCACAGCCCUUCAACAGCAGCGUUCAGCUCAGCAGCUCAUAAUGGCAAGGAGUCGCCUAAACAGCAGCUGGUGAAAAGUAACCUGUCUGCUCUGACAAGACCUGCAGUCUUAGGCACUUUAACAAAUUCAGGGCCUCCCAAGAAGCGCCACAAAGGUUGGUCACCAGAAUCUCCAUCAUCUACUGAAACUUGGAACUUGCAGGGCAACCCACAGGCUCCAAACAGAACUAAAAAUGAUGGAGGAAGCCUGUCAUCUGCACCACACUCUGCUUUGGUGGGGCCAGCCUCAUCUCCCAUGGUGGGCUCAGGAGAGCCAGUCUCAGUUCCUGACAACUUGCUGAAGAUCUGUAAAGCAAAGCCAGUUAUAUUUAAAGGUCAUGGAAACUUCCCAUAUCUUUGUGGGAACAUCAAUGAUGUGAUAGUGAGUCCUUUGUUGUACACCUGUUACAGAAACUCACAGUCUUUAUCUAGAGCAUAUGAACAGUACGGGGCCUCCACAAUACAGCCCAUUUCAGAGGAAAUGCAGCUCUUACUGACCGUCUACUACCUUGUGCAACUAGCCUCGGACCAGGUCCCCUUGAUGGAGGAUCUGGAGCAGAUCUUCACGCGCUCGUGGCGGGAGUCGCACCUCUCUGAGAUCCGGCAGUUCCAGCCGGUGCUGCCGGGCUUGGUGGCACCUGCCACCCCUGCCACCCCUGCCACCCCUGCCACCCCUGCCACCCCUGCCACCCCCGUCACCCCAGCACAGCUGCCCUGGCUGGCCGGCCUGGCCGCCACCUCCUGCAACAACAGCGUCCACAUCAUCGAGUGCAGCUGCUCCCUGGCUGAGGGGCUCUCCGAAAUGUUCAAGCUCCUGAUGGAAGGAAAAUUGAGCAAGACCAACUACGUGGUGAUCAUCUGUGCCGGUAGGAAUCGAGCCAUUGAUUCCUGCAUCGUGAUAACAGGAAAGUAUCAAGCAAGAGUUCUGUCUGAGAGCAUGCUCACUCCUUCAGACUACCAAAAAGAAGUAAACUAUCAGCUGGUCACAGGGAAAGUGGAAACUCUGGGGUCCUUCUUUAGCACACUUUGCCCAGAGGGUGACAUUGACCUUUUGCUGGAGAAAUUUUGUCAGGAAAACCAAGGGCACAUCUCUUCAUCACUUUCUGCCUCAGUGAAUAAACCAACAGCACUGAACGGAACCGGAGCAGCUGCGUGUACAAGUUAUGAGAUUGAACGACAUCAGAUCCGUCCAUUCCAGCUGGCAGUGGCCCAGAAGUUGCUGUCUCAUAUUUGCUCAAUUGCUGACUCCAGCACUCAAAAUCUUGAUUUGGGCUCCUUCGAAAAAAUUGAUUUCUUGAUUUGUGUUCCACCCUCCGAAGUGACUUACCAGCAGACUUUGUUUCAUCUCUGGCACUCAGGUAUUUUAUUAGAACUUGGAUUAGAAAAGGAGCAUCUUACAAAGCAGAGGGUGGAACAGUAUGUUAUGAAAAUAGAUCCAGAAGCCCAGAUUAAAUUCAAAGUCUUUUUACAAAACUCUAUGCAGAAUCCACAUACACUCUUUGUCCUAAUCCAUGACCACGCACACUGGGAUCUAAUGAGUGCUGUGCAUAGCCUUUACCCUCAGGCAGAGCUGUCUGCAGGGCUGGUUGACAGACUGUUGAACUGCAGGGAGGUGAAGGAGGCGCCAAACAUCGUGACCCUCCACGUGACGUCCUUCCCCUACGCGCUGCAGACACAGCACACCCACAUCAGCCCUUACAACGAGAUCCACUGGCCUUCCUCCUACAGCAAUGGUGUAGAUUUAUACCACGAAAACAAGAAAUACUUUGGACUGUCAGAAUUCAUUGAGUCCACCCUCUCUGGACACAGCAUUCCACUGCUUCGGUACGACAGCUCUUUCGAAGCCAUGGUCAUGGCUUUGGGAAAGAGGUUUCCCAGAUUACACAGUGCAGUGAUCAGGACUUUUGUCCUCAUCCAGCACUACUCUGCAGCUAUGAUGGCAGUGUGUGGUCUUUCUCAGAUGAAGAACUACACCUCAGUGGAAACUCUGGAAAUCACCCAAAACCUCAUAAACUCAUCAAGACAAUGUCCUAGUGGCCAUGGCCUCAUGGUGGUGUUGAGAAUUCCAUGUACUCCCCUGGCUGCAGUGGCCUAUGAGCGACUGAAUAAUGUGAGGGAAAGACUGGCCCUUGAAGAGAACUUUGAGAUAAUCUUGGGAAACCCGAACUCUGGAAUCACCAUAGGGAAGCACUUUGUGGAGCAACUGAAGGUCUGGCAGAAAAUCGAAGAUGCAGAUUGGAGACCACAGACCUAUUUGGAAUUGGAAGGUUUGCCUUGUAUAUUGAUAUUUAGUGGUAUGGAUCCACAAGGGGAGUCUUUGCCACGAUCACUGAGAUACUGUGACCUGCGUUUAAUAAAUUCAUCUUUGGUCAGAACAACCUUGGAGCAAGAACUUGGCCUGGCAGCAUACUUUGUGAGCUCAGAGGUUCACACAGAAAAAGCAGUUGUGAAUGAUGUGUUGGAAAGUGACCAAGAGAAACUAAGCAGCACUGAUAAUGAAGAUGAAGAAAUCGCCACAGAAGGUUCUACUUCAGAAAAGAGAAGUCCUAUGAAAAGAGAAAGAUCUCAUUCCCAUGACUCUGCAUCUUCAUCUCUCUCUUCAAAAGCUUCCAUUACAGCAUUCUGCAGUGAGUCAUCUCCUCUGGUAACAGCAGCAGGAGACACGGCCAAAUCCCCCCACCAAGCUCUGAGCAACAGCACUGAGGAAACUACAAAUAACUGCGAAAGGCAGAAGCAGAAGGUAGACAAGGGGGCACAAACAACCAUCAGCAAACACUUGCCACCGGUAACUGAACAGCUGGAUACGAAGCAAAACAUAAGAAGUGCCCAAAUUUCCAUCGCCUCAUCAUCCUCUCCCCCUUUCUCCUCCUCUUCUUCCUCCUCUGCACCUCCUCAUAACUCCUUCAUCCUACAGAGCUCUCAGUGCUCCAUGGCCAAAGCAUCAAAGCAGCCUCCCAUAAUUUUCCUGCCCAAGCUGGUUUAUGACAUUAUUACUUCCACGGACAGCAGUGGGCUUCCCAAAUCCUCCUCCCUCUUGCCUUACCACUCUGUCAUGUGGGCAAGUUCCUUCCGUCCCCUGAUGAGCAAGAUGAUGACCUGCACGGAGCAGUCCCUCUACUACCGCCAGUGGACGGUGCCCAAGCCCAUCCACAUGGACUACACCAACAGAAGUGAGGGCAGGAUGGACACCUUCCACCCCAGGAGGCUGCUGCUGAGUGGGCCACCACAGAUAGGGAAAACAGGUGCCUACCUGCAGUUCCUCAGCAUUUUGUCCCGAAUGCUGAUUAGACUGACAGAAGUGGAUGUUUAUGAUGAGGAAGAAAUCAACAUUAGCAUAAAGGAGGACUCUGAUCAAUGCUACCAUCAGCCUGGAGAUCUGUGGCCAGAUCUGGAGACAUUUAAGAAGAUGCCUUUUGACUACACUAUCCAUGACCCAAAAUACGAAGAUGCAAGUCUGAUCUGCUCAAAGCUGCAAACUAUCAACAGUGAAGGCAGCUCGGCGAGCAGGAGGCAGGAGGACACGUACACGCGCCGCCAAACCACGCGGAUGAGGCUGUCCAAGUACGCAGCCUACAACACCUACCACCACUGCGAGCAGUGCCACCAGUACAUGGGCUUCAACCCCAGGUACCAGCUGUACGAGUCCACUCUGCAUGCAUUUGCCUUUUCUUAUUCCAUGCUGGGAGAAGAGAUCCAGCUGCAUUUCAUCAUUCCAAAGUCAAAGGAGCACCAUUUUGUCUUCAGCCAACCAGGAAGACAAUUGGAAAGCAUGAGGCUGCCACUCGUCACAGACAAGAGUGAAGAUUACAUAAAAAGCCCCACUUUUACUCCCACCACUGGUCGUCAUGAACAUGGACUUUUCAAUUUAUACCAUGCAAUGGAUGGAGCCAGUCAUCUGCACGUGUUAGUAGUCAAGGAGUAUGAAAUGGCCAUAUAUAAGAAGUAUUGGCCCAACCACAUCAUGCUUGUUCUCCCAAGCAUUUUCAACAGUGCUGGAGUAGGUGCUGCACACUUCCUGAUAAAAGAGCUGUCUUAUCAUAACCUGGAGCUGGAACGAAAUCGGCAGGAGGAGCUGGGGAUAAAACCCCAGGACAUCUGGCCUUUCAUUGUCAUUUCAGAUGACUCCUGUGUGAUGUGGAAUGCAGUAGAAGUUGAUUGUUCAGGAGACAGGAAAAGUGACUAUACAUGGAGCGAAAGGAAUGUUUCCUUGAAGCAAAUUCUGCAACAUAUUGAAGCAACUCCUGAUGUCACUCACUACGCCCUAAUUGGGAUGAGGAAAUGGUCCAGUAAAACCAACAGUGCUGAGAUCAAGGAACCAUUCUCCUGCUGCCACGUGCAUGAUUUCAUUAUGCUAAAUGUUGAUCUGACACAGAAUGUACAGUACAAUCAGAACAGGUUCACGUGUGAUGAUGUUGACUUCAACUUGCGUGUCCACAGCGCUGGCCUCCUCCUCUGCCGCUUCAACCACUUCAGUGUCAUGAAGAAGCAGAUUGCAGUGGGAGGACAGAGGUCCUUCCACAUCAAGUCCAAGGUAUCCGACACUCCCGUGUCAGUCUCCCCUGCUCAGUACAUCUGUGCCCCUGACAGCAAGCACACCUUCUUGGCAGCACCUGCUCAGUUGCUCCUGGAAAAGUACCUCCAGUACCACAGCCACCGCUUCUUCCCUCUCUCUCUGAAGAACUUCAGCCACCCAGUGCUGUCUGUGGACUGUUACCUGAACUUGGGACCACAGAUUGCAGUUUGCUACGUGAGCUCUCGGCCUCACUCUCUGAAUAUCAGCUCCUCUGGUCUGACAUUCAGUGGCCUCCUGCUGUACCUCUGUGACUCCUUUGUUGUAGCUAGCUUUUUGAAGAAGUUUCAUUUCCUUAAAGGUGCCACCCUGUGUGUGAUCUGCCAAGACCGCAAUUCCCUUCGCCAGACCGUGGUGCGGCUGGAGCUGGAGGACGAGUGGCAGUUCCGCCUGCGGGAUGAGUUCCAGACUGCCAAUGCCAAGGAGGACAGGCCACUGUUCUUCCUGACUGGACGACACAUCUAAGUGGAAAGAGACACAUUUCCUGAAUGAUCCCAGAGACUAAUUGCCACCAUCUCAUUAAAUGACUUUGGAGAGGCUCUGCUCUCCGAACAGAGACAGGACUGUUUUCCACUGCUUGUUAGAAUGAUACCAAAUCAGACACGUUUCCAAACACUGAAAUGACUCUUCUAAUUUAACUGUCUGAUGGAAGUCAUACCCCAUUCUUGGGAGAGAUGCAGACAUGACUCUGCAGGGUGGCAAUCAUUUUGGAUCAGAAGGGAGGUCAGUGAGCGCACUUCUUGACAAAAACGUCACACGCCAGUCCACGUGCAAGAGGUUUAGAAAACUUUCUGUACAUUCCAGAAACAGAAAAUGUAAAUUUAGGAGCAGAUUUUGUUUUACAGAUCUUAUUUAUCUAACAGUUGGCACAAGGCAACAGGAAUUGUUACAGUUUUGUAGUGCACUGCCACGGAUUGAUCCAGGUGGGCUUUUUAUAUGAAGAUUUGUAAAGUAUAUUUCUUUAAUAGUGGGAACUCAGUGGGGCUCAGUUGGAGCCUUAAUUUUUGGGACAGGUGCCACACUGGAUAGUUUCACCAUACAGGACUCCUGGGACAGAAGCAUAAUUAUAAAUCUGGUUUUAUUAGCAUAAAGAAGAGAGUCAAGGAAGUAGAUUUUAAAAUGAGAUCUGAACAUUUAAUCCUGAAACUGAAAUUAUCCUGAGUAACUCAAGAGAUUCAAUGGUGAUACUGACCUGCAAGUGACUUAUUGCUUCUACAACACUGGUGGUUUCUGGUUUCUGACUGAAUUGUUGCACUGGCUGCAGAGCUCAAGCUGGGCCCAGUGCACUCAAGACAGCAGAUUCUCUGAAACACUCCUAAUACACAUUCUGGGGAUAUUUUCUUGCCACGGUGCUUCUAAAGGGUGAUAAAACAGAGACUGCAUCUCCAAGGAGAUGGAGCUCUAGAAACAUGUUGCAGAAUAGCACCAGGCAUCACGUAUUUUGUAUACUCUACAUGUGAAGUCACAGUGGUCACAGUCUUUGUCUGGCUUUUUUGGAAAUACUCUCUGAGCUGCAAACUCCAUGUUUGUCUUUAUAGGAUCAGUGCUCACUUCACUCAGUCCAGGUGCAGGAAGGAUUAGUACAGACACUGUCAGGAGACUUCUAAUAUUUGGGCAGCCCUUCCUUGCUGUACAGACCAGUGGGAGGAUCAUUGGUUUUGUGCUGAUGAAUGCCAGGAGGGGGCUGAGUCCAUGAAAUGCAGACAUCAGUAUGACUAGGCCAAAGAGCUCAUUUAGGCUCAUUUACACAACGUAAAGGUAAGUUCUGUGGGUCUGAGAGACUUAGAUCCCGUUUACUAGGUGGCUGCUAGAGGUCAGUGUGUUUCCACAUGUCAUUGUCCUUGUUUCUGAGGGAGAAUUGACUUUUUGGGAAGGAAGGUGAGCAUUGUCCUGUGUAAAUAGUAUUACCCGUUCAGCUAUCACCAGUUGAUUAGUUAAUUUAAACUUGUUUAAAGAAGCAUGACAUUGAUGUCUAGUUCAUAGUCUUUAUCAGUAAAGUUCAUGCUGCAUGGACAUCUGUCUUGGUGAUGCACAGGACCAACAAGCACAUUUUUAAGGGGAUAAAAAAAGGGUUAGCUGAAAGGAGUAAAUACCACUGAGGAAUGCUCCGAACUGACCAAGGGGAUAUCCCGUGCUGCUUCAUGGCCUGCAGCACAACACAGGCGAGAGGGUCAUACAGGAAUUCAGAAGGAAGGACAGUGGGUUGAAAUCUCCUUUUCUGUACCCAAAUACUUAAGCAGCUUGUACUGAGUGUCUGUUAACUCUUCUGGUGUUUUAACUUUGCAAGUCUUCAGACAACCAUUUUCUGCAAGAAACUGGAAAA